AUGGCUACAGAUACCACGACGGUGCUUCGUAAGCGAGCCUGUGACCGGUGCAGAGAAAGGAAGAUCAAGGCAAGUGUGACUCAACUGACCCAUGUUCAUACUGUCGAAUGUCCUCCCAGAAAUGCUCGUACGACAUACCGGUACGUAGAAGAGGUCCAAAGGGCCCAAGGCCAGGCAUCAGAAGUCAACCCACAGAGCAAAGAGAAUGCGUCAGCAGUCCUGUGCCGUCGCCUUGUCCUCAGCUGGAUCAGUCCAUUUCAACGCCAUCUAUUACUGCCGAGACCCGGGAAUCCCCUCUCAGCAAGCUACAUCGAGGUUUGGUGA